GAUGGAGCAUAUAAUAAUAAAGGCUGAAGGUUCUGAAAACUAUGGUUCAAUGGAUAUGUCACCUGAGUGCAGACCAAGACCUUUAAAUGAUAAAAUUUCAUUUGGAGAAUAUAGGAUCAUAGCGAAAACGAUAUUUUUGGGGCCUCAUUGUAAAAAUAUGUUGGAUUUUAUAUAAAAGGGCCUUUAUUUGCUAUUACGUUGAUUGGAUUCAAUAUAUUUGCCUAUAUAAUGAUGAAACAAUAAAAAGCUUUGGGUCAUGAUAUAACCUUUGGAAUAAUUAUAACAAUAGCAUAAUCAAUAUUUUAUAUGGGUGUUGGAUUGGCUAAUCCUGGAAUUUCAAAUGAUUCAUCUUUGAAUUAAAAAUAUCUUGGAUAGUUGUACUCUUUAUCAAAUAGGACCUAAUAAAGAAAUGUAUGGUAUUGUGAAAAAUGUUAAAAAAUAUAACCUCCUCGAUCUGAUCAUUGUCCAUUUUGUAAAGUCUGUAUUACAAAUUAUGAUCAUCAUUGUCCUUGGACAGGGAAAUGCAUUGGAGGUGAGAAUCUAUUUCAUUUCUGGGCUUUUCUUAUCUCAACAAUUGUUUUCUUCACUUAUUUUAUAACAAUAUUGCUGAAUCAAAGAGAGGAAGCCCAAAAAUAAUGA